AUGACUGACUACGAAGCCCCUUCGGGUGCCACCGAUGCGGUGUUGAAACCAUCUGACCCUGUACCGGAGGAUGCCCGGGAGGUCAAAGGGAUCGAAUUCGACAAUUAUGCAGGCCGUGGCAUCACUGUUCAAGAAUUGGUGGGAGGCAUGGCCAGUAUGGGCUUCCAGGCAACGGCGGUGGGGGAGGCCGUACGGAUCAUCAAUGAUAUGCGUGCCUGGAGAGGUGAGGAGGGAGAGAAGACGACCAUCUUCCUGGGUUACACAUCCAAUCUAAUCUCGUCGGGGUUACGUGAAACACUUCGAUAUCUAGUCCAACACAAACAUGUUUCUGCCAUUGUUACCACAGCAGGAGGCGUGGAGGAAGAUUUCAUCAAAUGUCUCGCUCCGACCUAUCUCGGUGCAUUCUCGACCCCAGGAGCUGGGCUCCGCGCAAAGGGCAUGAACCGCAUCGGCAAUCUCGUCGUCCCCAACAGCAACUACUGCGCUUUUGAAGACUGGGUAGUCCCCAUCCUCGACAAGAUGCUCGAAGAGCAGGAGGCCAGCAAGGGCACUGAAGAAGAGCUCCACUGGACUCCCAGCAAAGUGAUCCACCGCUUAGGAAAGGAAAUCAACGACGAACGCUCCGUGUACUACUGGGCAUGGAAGAACGACAUUCCCGUCUUCUGUCCAGCACUGACGGACGGCAGUCUGGGAGAUAUGCUCUACUUCCAUACGUUCAAAGCAUCGCCGCUGCAGCUCCGCAUCGACAUGGUGGAGGACAUCCGCAGGAUCCACACCAUAUCUGUGCGCGCCAAGCGGGCCGGCAUGAUCAUCCUCGGCGGCGGCCUGGUCAAACAUCACAUCGCCAACGCGUGCUUGAUGCGCAACGGAGCAGAGAGUGCCGUAUACAUCAACACGGCCCAGGAGUUUGACGGCAGCGAUGCGGGAGCCAGGCCUGAUGAGGCUGUCAGCUGGGGCAAGAUCAAGUCGGAUGCAGACAGCGUUAAGGUGUAUGCUGAGGCGACGGUGGUUUUCCCUCUGAUCGUUGCAGCUACGUUUGCCCAAGCAUCUUCUUCGUAG